AUGCCGGGACUUGUUCGCAAGUUGCUGAUAUGCGCCGCUGUAGAUGGUCUCUUCCUACAUCCAGUGGGAGCCCAAGAUCAGGGUACGAAGAGCGUCUGUAUCGCAUAUGGGAGCAACGCCAUCUCGUCUGCGUCGCGCACAGACGACAACGACGCCCACGAUAGAUCAAUCGAAGCUCAUGGCAUCGUCGGGCUGUUGGACCUGGUGUCAAGCUCAUAUUUGAUAUCCAUCACUCGCCGUGAGCAAGUGGCGCAGAUUAGGGGCAAGCCAGUUUAUUCUUUGACGGACGUUACCCUUAUCCCACUUGCUUCACAAGCUGAAGCGGAGAAAGCAAUAUUGAAGGUGCAGAAGACGCUAAAGACAGGUCACGCUGUGGGAGAAGAAACAGACGAGAGCGAUGUUGGUGAGGCGAGCGAGACUGCAAGCAUCGACGAGGCAGAUCCGGGCGAGUUGACGCCAGAAGUUGCUGCGCUUGAGGCGCCCAAGGCUGGCGUAGUACAGAAAGGCACAAACAUUGUAAAGAGUGUCGUACAAGAUCGAGGGAAGUAUGGACGUUUCGCCAGCCGUUGGUUCAGCAAAGGCGGGCGCAGUACCGGCCUACGCAGUCAGCAGGGCCUGGAUGACGGUCUGACGAGGGAGCAGGAAGAGCAGACUGCUGAGGCUCUUCCGCAGACGGAUAGCGAUGCUCAAGCAGGCGCGAAGCAAGCAGACCCCCGCUCAAACGAAGCAGACGAUGGAGAGGCAAAGCAAACUGCUCAGGCUCUUCCCGGCACGGUCACCAAUGCAAACGCCGGCGCAGAGGCAUCACACUCCGAUCCAGCGGUGGAACAUGAAGGGAAUGCAAAGUCUGGGUCGGGAAAGCCGGCACCUAAGCAGCGAAGCACGGUCGAGUCGCUCAUGCCUCGUAUCUUGCGAAGUGCGAAGUUGUAUUUCAGCUCGAGUGGCUUCUUCUUCUCUUACGAACAUGACCUGUCUGGCACGCUGAUGCAGAAGGACGUCGUCACCUCUUCGUUACCGCUACACACACGUUUCGGCAGCCUCUUCUUCUGGAACCGCCAUCUUGUUGAGCCCUUCAUCUCUGCUGGUCACGACUCGUUUGUGCUUCCACUCAUGCAGGGCUUCGUCGGCCAACGUGCCUUCUCCAUAUCAAGGACAGACGGAACGGAUCCUGAUGUCGUCGCUGAAGCAGCACAAAAGCCUGAAGAGGUCAUCGCUGCUCAGGGGCAGCCUACGCCGACGGAUACAGGCGCCAGAAACAACCAGGAAGACUACAUUCUUACACUGAUUUCACGUCGUUCUGUCAAGCGGGCAGGACUUCGCUACCUACGCCGUGGUGUGGACAACGAAGGCAACGUCGCUAACAGUGUUGAGACGGAGCAAAUUCUCUCCCCUCAAUCAUGGCACAUGUCGGCUAAGACGUUUUCAUUGGUUCAGGUGCGAGGCUCCAUACCCCUGUUCUUCUCCCAAAGUCCGUACAGCUUCAAGCCUCUGCCGAUACUGUUUGGUUCGGAAAGCACAAAUCAAGCGGCACUUCAAAAGCACUUUGGUAACCUCAAGCAAAGGUACGGCGACGUGCAGGUAGCAAGCUUGGUCGACAAACACGCUACCGAAGCAGGCAUUGGCGAAGCGUUUGAACGACAAGUGGGCGUGCUCAACGAACAUGGCGGCGUCGAAGGCAAAGCCGUGGGCUUCGAGUGGUUUGACUUCCACGCUCAGUGUAAGGGUAUGAAGUUCGAGAACGUUUCGCUCUUGCUGGAUACGCUGCAGAGUCCGCUCAAAAGUUUUGGCUGGAUAGUCAAACAGAAUGACCGUAACGUGCGCCAGCAGAAAGGAGUACUCCGAACCAAUUGCAUGGACUGCCUCGAUCGCACCAACGUCGUGCAGUCUGCGGUUGGUGGUUGGGCAUUGCAGCAGCAGCUCGCAGAGCUGGGUUUGAACAUUGAUCUGCAGAAGGAUCCGAAGACUCAAUGGUUCAAUACACUGUGGGCCGAUAAUGGCGACGCAAUCUCCAAACAGUAUGCCGGUACCUCGGCGCUCAAAGGGGACUUCACCCGGACUAGGAAGCGUAAUUGGACUGGAGCCUUGUCUGACUUCAGUCUCACGCUAAAUCGUUACUAUAAUAACAUUUUCGGCGACUACUUUUUACAACUCAAUAUCGACUUUUACCUGGGAAACGUAGGACCCUCGGCCUUCGAUGAUUUCGAAGCCGACAUGAUGAGCCAAGACUAUGCGCUUGACGUCAAACGGAUACGCCAGAACGCAAUCGACACUUGCAUCAAGAUCGUGCUCGAGGAUCCUAAAGAACAUUUGACCGCUGGGUGGAGCCUGAGCUGCCCGCAGGAGGCCAACACGCUUAAAAGCCUGCCUUUCGAGGAAUGUGUGUUACUGCUCACCGACGCUGCGCUGUACUUUUGCCGCUUCGAUUGGGAUGCUGAAAAGGUCGGAUCGUUCGAGCGAGUAGAUUUGACAGACAUUACGCAAUUGUGGUGUGGCGCAUACAUUACUAGCACGCUCGGGCCCACCCAUACUGACCAGAGCAAGAACUACGGCUUCGCAUUGCGAUAUCAGACAAGAGGUCAGGCGGUGGUACGCACUAACACUCGCACGCUGGACAACGAGAAAGCGGCCGAGGAGGAGAAUAAGGGCAAGAAUGAGCUGCAAAAGCAGAGUGAGCCCGAGAAAAACGAGAGCAGGUUGCUCGCCUUUAAAGCGCUGCCACCCACGUCGUCGGCUGUGAAGCAUCCAGGACGUGAAGAGGCCGCCGAGGGCGCUUUGAGCGAACCUGAAUUCAUCAGGUCAAUUUGUGAGGACAUUCAAAGGCUAUUGGCAGCUGCGCUGCGCAAGACACGAGGGACGGAUCAUUUGGAGCUGGAGAAGGUGCCACAAGUGGAGGACAGGGAUGUCAUCUCCGUGAGCGAUGCCAGGAAGAGCACGGGGUACAUUGAGAGUCUGGGUUACUCUUUAAAGAAGCUUGUUUGGUCUUGA